CAUAAUGAAAUUAGCUUCCAAAAUUGAGUCGAUUCAAUCGAAGAUAAGGAGCCUGCGAGCGUUGGCUUCACCUGAAUACAUAAGCUUUGCAGAAGAUGUUUUGCAACAAGAGAAUCAAGCAUUGGAAUCCAAAGUUGAGGAGUUAAAAUACAAGCUUUGUAUGGCUGAACUUUUGUUUGGAAUUUACCAAUACCAAACACCAGCACUCCGCACACACUCAGCGGCUGCCGUUUCCAGCACACCUGUGUCAUCUGCUUCUGCUCACCCUGAACCUCUGGCCGAUAAAACUACAGCCUCAAAGACUGUGGAGUCAAACAAUGUCAAAGCAGCCUCGGAUUCUCCUGGGGCGUCCAAGUCAGCUGGAAGCACCAAAACUGUGGGGAAGGCGAGUGGAUUAGCAACAGCUGGAGAAGCAGCGGUGGAUGUCGGUCGACUGGAUAUGCGCAUUGGUCGCAUCGUCGAGGUUUCUCGUCAUCCAGAUGCUGACUCUUUGUAUGUUGAGAAGGUCGAUCUAGGUGAAGGUCGGCUCCGUACCGUCGUUAGCGGUUUGGUCAAGUUUGUUCCAUUGGAAGAACUACAAAAUCGGAUAGGGAUCUUUAUGUGCAAUUUGAAACCGGCGAAAAUGCGCGGAGUAGAAUCCGAGGCCAUGCUCAUGUGCGCCAGUGCUCCUGAAGCCGGUGUAGUUGAACCCCUAGUAAUCGGUUCAGAAGAUGUGAAACUUGGCGACCCCGUGGUCGUUCCUGGGUUUGAACAUAACCCAGACAGUCAGCUUAAUCCGAAGAAGAAGAUAUUUGAGCAAGUCAAACCCGACCUGCGCGUUGAUCAAGACGGCUAUGCAACAUACAAGGGAGUACGUUGGACUCUGAAGAGCAACCCGUCAACCCUCAUUAAGUCGGCGAAGCUAAAGGAUGUCCAAAUUGCUUGAAUGUCUGUUAUCAGGCUCAGUUUAUUUCGUGAUUCAUCCGCUUGUCCUUUUGUUCACCUGUGGGACUGUCGUUCAGAAACAGGGUUGAGUUAAGAAGAACAUUCAGCCUUUAUGAGGUUUUUCUGCGAAUUCGGUUAAUUUAGUAAUGUUCACUUUCGG